ACACUUUGAUUGUAACUUCGCGCGAAUUCGGUUACGUUCUGUAACCAAGCUUGUAUCCUGGCACGAUCUCGGUAUCCUUUCGAUGCCACGAGAUCGCCAGCAAAUAAACAUCGACUUGGUCCAUUAAUUGCCUUCUGGUAUUUGGCUUCUCGGAGAUUUUAUGGGUUUCUUUGGUUACGUUCAACUUUCGCCUUCUGAUUUAUUUGGCACGUGUUUCUUGGUAGCGGUGUUCAUAGUUAAUCUCAACUCGACGCCACGCUACAAUUGGUGAUCCCAAAGUUUGGAACACGCGACAACUGUUGACCCGAAUCCUGGAACACGACACAAUCUCUGGUCGAAUCUUCCAAAGAAGCCAAUUCGGUGGGUCUAUGAUUUAUCUAUCCACGUCUGUCGUAUAUUUUCAUAUUUUUUAAUAUAUAAUAUACUCGACAUGACGGAUAACGAUAAGAAUAGUAUUAAUAUAAUAGACUCACAUGUAUGUGUACCGAAUCCUUGUUACUUUUUAUUCGCGUGAUGAUGAAUUCCACGCUUUAUCCGAAAAAUUUUCCCCUAUUAACUAUUCUCCUCGCUGACCCGGCUGCUUGGUACGAAAUGCAUCCGCAUACGCAUUAACGUCUACCUCCCAGCAUCAAAUGGUUAAGUUGAACGGUUUCAUUGCCAACUUAAAAGUGCUCUACGAGCACACGAGAACGACAACUGGUACGAAACCUUAUCGCUCGUCCUCUUAGGUAUUCGAACGAGCUUGAAGGCAGAUAUACAAUGUUCCGCCGCUGAACUGGUAUACGGCACGACAUUGCGUCUGCCCGGAGAAUUCACACCACGGAGCAGACCUAAUUUCGGUAAAUCAGACUACGUCGAUCGACUGUGCAUUUAUGCGAACGCUGUCUCCGGUGUCAACUCGAAUACAACAUCGACAGGUCGCUCUCGAGAGAGAGUUAUCUACCUGUUCACAUGUUUUUGUACGAGUAGAUUCGGUACGCAAACCUUGGCAACAACCUUACGAAGGCCCUUUUCACGUGAUCUUUCAUCACGAAAAGACCUUCAAGGUUGAUUGAUAUGGACGCGUCGAGAUCGUCAGCGUUGAUCGUCUCAAACCAGCACACGUCGAUGACAGUGCCCUAUCUGGUAACCUGAGAUUCAAUGCUAGACCUAUUAAACCUAGCGGGAUCCUUAAAUCUUCUUCAGGUCCCACGCUAGAUACAUCUGAGACCUCAUUCUCACAUCCCGGUCAACAGCACGCGUCAUCUGCACCGUCUACGGACGAGACGAUAGUCUCACGUCCAGAUCAGCAGACCACGCCGCCUCUUACCUCGGAUGAGAUUACAGGCUCACGCGAUACGAACGAGACUGCCGUCUCACGUUCCGGUCGCCGAGUACGGUUACCCGUACGCUUCCGCGACUAGUCGCACAGUCAACAACCGAUACGGUGUAGUGUUAUUCCUAUGCUACAUGCAUGCUACACUCUUCUCUUUUUUGGUUUUCUUUUUGUUUCCUGAGCCCACGCCUUUGACCACCUCCGUUUGGUUCCGUCGACUUCAGUCAACUUUGGCGAAAGCUGGACUGGCCACCCAUGCUCUUGUCAACGCACUCAGUCGAUAUAUUGGUUUCGAAUGCUUGGCAUACGCUUGGUCUCGAACAUGGUCGUUACGGUCGCUUCUGGUCUUUUGGCUCAACGUGGUUUCGUCCUACGUCUGCAGCGUUUCUGGUCCGGACCCCUACGAACGCCCUCUUCAGAUUCUGGAUACAAACCACUCUGGUGUAGCAUGCCAACUCAAGCAAUACAUACAGCACAUCGCUCCUGGUACCGUUCUCCGAAAACGACCUUCGUUGGCAACUCGACGAUCAACGAUCGCUUUCCUGUUCGCCGAUUCUUCCGUCCUACAAUCGCUCGUCAGCCGAUCAGUCUCACGAUUUAAACCGCUAUUUAUCGAAAGUGUAAACCUUUUCUAGCGGGGGGCUCCUGUAGUGACUCACAUUUAUCACGAGAACACGACUGGUUUAAUAAAAACAAUUAUUAUUAUUAUAACCAACUGUACCAGUGUUUGUUUUAACGUGCUUUUGUUUGACUGUGCUAAUGACAGCUAUUUUGUGCUUCCAUUCUUAUACUUACACUUUGAUUGUAACUUCGCGCGAAUUCGGUUACGUUCUGUAACCAAGCUUGUAUCCUGGCACGAUCUCGGUAUCCUUUCGAUGCCACGAGAUCGCCAGCAAAUAAACAUCGACUUGGUCCAUUAAUUGCCUUCUGGUAUUUGGCUUCUCGGAGAUUUUAUGGGUUUCUUUGGUUACGUUCAACUUUCGCCUUCUGAUUUAUUUGGCACGUGUUUCUUGGUAGCGGUGUUCAUAGUUAAUCUCAACUCGACUCCACGUUACAAAGGUAAGCGAUUGGCAUCAUAAAAAUGGUAUAAAGCAAACUACUAUCAUAGUGAGUCGUUCAUAGUUAUAUGAUGGGGAUUUGAAGCUGUCAGUGUACGAUACGACACAACCCUAGAAGAACUAGAAUCAAAUAACAAGUAUUAAUGAGUUAAUUCUUGAAAUCCUACUGCACUGCAUUCCUAUUGCAUUUCAUUCACGUCCUUAAUUAUGGUGGUGUUGAACUUGGAUGUUCAUAGUUGUUUGUAAAAUGUAGGUUGAAUCAAGGAACUGUGCAUAAAAUAACUAUAACUGCCACGUUAGUCAGUCACAUUUUCGUCAUAAGUCGCACGAUGCCUGUUUGUUGUUAGCAUAGUAACUGAACUUAAUUGUAAUUAACACUAAUUUUUGAUGUAUCUGUUGUAAGGAUAAUCAAUGAAUUUCUAUUAACGGAAUCCGAAAUCACUUAUUAAAUGUGAUACUGAUAACUAAGUUUGGUUGUGUUGUUUCACGACUGAUUUGUUGUUUUUCUGAAUUAUAUGAAGCUAUUAAGGUCCUCAAAGCUUUGUGAUAAAGUCUAAGCCGGUGAACAAGUUAUGGAAUUAGUGACUAUGGAAGAUCUUUUGGAAAACCAGUUUACAAGUUCGCGAUAACUGUGUUUUAUAUUGCCUACUGACAUUUUCAUUCAUCUAAUGAAUUAAUUAAAAAUAAAUAUUACAACUA